UGAUCAAACAGAGCCGCGACCGUGUGCACACAGAGGAAUUGAAGAUGGCUGUUGAUAUCAGACUACCUAGUGGACGUAAACGGGUGACAGAUUCUUUAUCUGCAAUCGAAGAAAAACAUCUUGUAGCUCCAGGAGAUGUCAUUACUACAGACACUGGUUUCAUGAGGGGACAUGGCACCUACAUGGACGAAGAGAAGCUGACCGCCUCGGUGGCUGGAGAGGUGGAGAGGGUCAACAAGCUGGUCUGUGUGAGACCCCUCAAGACGAGGUUCAACGGCGAAGUCGGGGACGUGGUCGUCGGCCGGGUCACUGAGGUUCAGCAGAAGCGGUGGAAGGUGGAGACGAAUUCCCGGCUGGACUCCGUGCUGCUGCUGUCUUCAGUGAACCUCCCCGGGGGAGAGCUGAGAAGGAGAUCGGCAGAAGAUGAGCUGACCAUGAGAGACUACCUGCAAGAAGGAGACCUGAUCAGUGCAGAAGUGCAGUCAGUCUUUUCUGAUGGGGCUCUUUCCCUCCACACACGCAGUCUGAAGUACGGCAAGCUGGGUCAGGGGGUGCUGGUGCAGGUGUCCCCAUCUUUGGUGAAGAGGCAGAAGACCCACUUCCACAACCUGCCCUGCGGCGCCUCCAUCAUCCUGGGCAACAACGGCUACGUGUGGCUGUAUCCCACUCCCGGGCAGCAGGACGAGGAGGCGGGGGGCUUCUACACCAGCCUGGAGCCCGUCUCUCUCUCGGACAGGGAAGUGAUCUCCAGGUUACGGAACUGUCUGCUUGCCCUGGCCACGCACAAGGUCCUGCUGUUCGACACCAGCGUGCUCUACUGCUACGAAGCCUCCCUCUCACACCAGAUCAAAGACGUCCUGAAGCCGGAAGUGAUGGAGGAGAUCGUGCUGGAGACACGACAGAGGCUGUUGGAGCAGGAGGGGUAGGCGCCCGGACAGCCGACGUGUGGCCCUGCCGAUUCCUUUUCCUCGGCCCGUCUCCAUUCCGGUCACCUGGGGUUCGGAGAAAAGAGGUUUUGUCUCCCCUUCGGGCUGUGAACAGCUGACAUGACGUCACAAAGGGACCAGCAUUUGUUGUUUUUUUUUUAAAAAGUUGACCAAUGAAUUUUUGUGUAAUCGAUCAUUUUUGACGAUUUAACAGUUGAACACAGUUGGCAGGGAGAGGCGUUGGAACCACCUACAGCCAGUGUGUUCUUAAGAGGCUCUUCCACUGUUGUGUGGAGUAGCUCAGGGUCACAUGUAAGUUCUGUUUAUGCCCAUUAUUCUGUUAAUAAAUGACAUUACCGCCCCUGAA